GCCCUGCCCCGGGGCCCUGGCCGCCGCCUCAUUGGCCAGGCCUGAGGAGCGGCCCCCUCUGGUUGGCUGAGGGCGGGGUUGCAGCCAUUGGCUGGCCGGGGCCGUCGGCAGAGCCUGGUUGGCCGCAGUGAGGUGGCCGGGAUGCCCGGGGGGCCGGGAUGCCCGGGCCUCGCCUCCGUGGAGGCCGGGGGCGGGCGGAGUGUGAGCGGGGCGCGCUGGGGCCUGCAGGUGCCCGUCCCUGCGGACGCGGAGGUUUCCAGCCGGGCGGGGCGGCGGGGCUCGCGGAGGUGGGCUUCUCAGGCUGUGGUCCACGUGCGGCGGAGCCGGGGGCCCUGUCCCAGAGCCUCAUCUGGGCGCUGGCCGGUGUCCUCCGCGUCGUUUUGUAGAUUCGUCCAGGAGGCCCCAGAGGAGGAAGAGGAGUCCGAGGGCCCCCUUAGAGAGCAGGACCUAAAGGAGGCCUACAUCAAGCUCGUCCAGGGUGUGCAGGAGUGGCAGGACGGCUGUGUCUACAGGGGAGAGUUUGGGCUGGACAUGAAGCUGGGACACGGAGAAUUCUCUUGGCCCAAGGGUGAGUCCUACCGCGGGCAGUUCUACCGGGACCACCGCCACGGCCUGGGCACCUACGUGUGGCCAGACGGCUCCAGCUUCACGGGCAUGUUUUACCUAAGCGCCCGAGAGGGCUAUGGCACCAUGUACCUGAAGGAGAGGCUCUUCCAGGGGCUGUACAAAGCAGACAAACGGUUCGGGCCAGGCGUGGAGACCUACCAGGAUGGCAGCCAGGACGUGGGGCUGUGGUUCCAUGAGCACCUCAUCAAGCUGUGUGUGGAGAUACCAGGCAGUUUCUCCAUCCACACCUACCCCGAGUUCUCGGGCUUCCUCACGCACACGCCUGCCAGAAUCACCCUCUCAGACGAGGAGAAGAUGGAGUGGGCCCUGCAGGAGGGGCAGGACCCGUUCUUCUAUGACUACAAGAGCUUUCUUCUUGAUGACAACCUCACUCUGCCUCCGGAAAUGUACAUCUACUCGACCGACAACAGCCACCUGCCCAUGACAUCCUCUUUCCGCAAAGACUUAGAUGCCCGCAUCUUUCUGAACGACAUCCCUCCGUUUGUUGAGGAUGGAGAACCCUGGUUUAUCAAAAACGAGACCCCUUUGAUGGUCAAAAUCCAGAGGCAAGCUUACAAAUUCAGGAACAAGAGGGCUCACACCAGCUGGAACAUGGGCGCCAUCCUGGAGGGGAAGCGCGGUGGCUCUGGGCGCCGUGGCCCUAAGGAGCGGCUCUCCGAGGAGGCGAUCCUGAAGGCCCAGGAAGGGGAUUACGCCUGGGUGUACGGACUCCUGAGGGACAGCCUUGUCAGCCCCGACGUGGCCGACGCCAAGGGCUACACGGCGCUCGCCGCGGCUGCUGUUCACUGUCACGUUGACGUUGUCAACCUUCUGCUCGACCACGGGGCCGACGUGAACAAGUGCACAGAUGAGGGCCUCACGCCACUCAGCAUGUGCUUCCUCCUCUACUACCCGACCAGGUCCUUCAAGCCCAACGUUGCCGAGAGGACAGUGCCCGAGCCCCAGGAAGCUUCAAAACCUGUAACGAUUCCCAACUGUCCCUUCCCAAUCCCGGAAUCGGCCGCGGAGCCAGUGUACCUGGAGGAGCCGGUACCGGCCCAGGGCGGCCAGGAGCCCAAGGCAUCGUCCACCAGGUCGGGUGGCGAGGAGGGCGGCCGGGGGUCUUGGGACGCAGACCCCAGGAGCAGCUCCCUGAGGGGCCCCACGUCGGUGAGCAGCAGCGCCAGCGACUCAGGUCGGUCGCGGGACGUGGUGUCGGGGACCUUGGACCCGUGCACGCCGUGCAGCAACGAGACGGGCUUCGAGUCCAACCGGGGCGUGUGCCACUUCUCCAUCGAGCUGUCACGGGACCUGCUGGAGCGGAGCGCGCUGGCCCACAGCCUGCUGGAGGCCCCCGCCGCCCAGGGCACCAUGCGGAGGAUGGCGCUGUCCAUGGUCCAACACAGACGCAGGUGGAUGGUCAUCAACGCCCUGCUGCGCCGUGGCGCGGACCCCAACCUGUGCCGCGUGCCCAUGCAGGCCCUGUUCUUCGCCGUGAAGGCCGGGGACGUGGACGGGGUGAAGCUGCUGCUGGAGCACAGGGCCAGGACGGACAUCCAGUUCCCACCCGAGCUGGGGGCCCUGACCCCCCUCCACAUCGCGGCCGCCCUUCCCGGGGAGGAGGGCGUCAGGAUAACGGAGCUGCUGCUCCACGCCAUCACCGACGUGGACGCCAGGGCGGCCGACCAGGACGACGUGUACAAGCAGGGCGAGGUGGAUCUGCUGCCUUCAGGCCUGAAGCUCAACAACGAAGCCGGCCCGCCCAGCGCCUACCAGAGUGAGUGCGGGUGUGUCCCCGCCGAGGGGGGCAGGACACCUCUGCACGUGGCCUGCGAGCGAGAGGACAACCACAGGUGUGCCAGGGACAUAGUCCGGCUCCUCCUCUCCCACAGAGCGAAUCCCAACACCCUGUGGAGUGGCCACUCCCCACUCUCCCUGUCCAUCGCCAGUGGCAACGACCUGAUUGUGAAGGAGCUUCUGUCCUACGGAGCUGACCCCAACAUGGUCCUGACCAAAGGCUUGGGCAGUGCCCUGUGUGUUGCCUGUGACCUGACCUAUGAGAGCCAGAGGAGCCUGGAAAGCAAGCUGGCCCUGAUUGACCGGCUCAUUAGUCACGGAGCCAACAUCCUGAACCCUGUGACCCUCACGCAGGGGGACAAGGUGGCGGUGGGCACGGCCGUCGACUACGGAUAUUUCAGAUUCUACCAGGACCGGAAGACUGCCCACUGCCCCUUCCACAUGCUGAUGCCUGCGGAGCGGGAGACGUUUCUGGCCCGGAAGAAGCUCCUGGAGUACAUGGGCCUCCAGCUGCGGCGGGCUGUCUUCGCGAAGGAGUGCCAGUGGGACCCGAAGGUGCUGCAUCUGAACAAGAGAGCGGAGCUGGCCCCCUGCCUCCGGCUGAAGCGGAAGGGCACCAGCAUGCCCGAGGGUCUGGACUCGGGGGAGCAGGAGCGGGUUCCCUUCUUCAAGUUCUGCUACCAGUGCGGCCGCUCCGUCGGGGUGCGCCUGACACCCUGCACCCGCUGCUACGGGAUCCUGACCUGCAGCAAAUACUGCAAGACCAAAGCCUGGACCGACUUUCACAAGAAGGACUGCGGCACCCUGAUGGCCAUCGGGAAAACGUGUCCACCUCUGCUCAUAAAGAAACCCUUGAAGCAACUUGGCAACGAGCCACAGAAGCCUGCGACUCUGAGGCUGGCACGCAAGCCGAGGUGCUUAUAUUCCACCUACAGUCACGAGUGAGCGUCGGGCACCCACCUGCCUACACAGGGCUCUGGUAACCCCGCAGGCUGCCUCCCCGCCCGCCCAGAGAGGAAGGCCUUCACUGUGGCCCUCGCCUCCCGGGAGGGGCUGGGCCAGCUGGCACGGGGACCACCCCAGGACCCACGGAGGGGCGGACGGGUGAGCAGGCAGCUGCUGCCCAGCUGGAGUCUGGGGAGGCCUGAGCUGCGCCCUGGACCCAGCAGGAGCUGCGACACCUGCAGGACCCCUUCCAGGAGCUCCAUCCUCCUCCAGGGUGCACCGCCCAGCCCCCCAGUGCUGGGGACCCUGCUCCUCAUCUCAUGGGACCCAGGGUCACAGCCCCAUGGGCCCUCAGCACUCCAGGGCCCUGUGUGACAGAGGCUUUGUUGAAUGUUUGCCUGGCAGGCCCGUGCGGGCUGCAACACCCAA